AUGCUCUUCUUCCCUUGUGAACUGAAUGUCUGGGAAGAUGCCGUUGAGCAGGUCUUGGAAGUCGCCCAGUCUGCUCCUUUCAAUUAUGACGAACGUGUCGUCCACGUACCGGCGCCAAAAUGCAGGUUCAUAGUGGUCGAAGGCGACUUUUUCCAGUUCCUGUAGGACUAGUUCUGCAACCAGGCUGGAUAUUGGCGAACCCAUCGGCGUUCCUUUGAUCUGCUCGUAUGAUCGCCUAGACGUUGGUGAACAAUCGGGCGUCGUCUAUCAGAUCCCAUGUCGGGACUGCCCUCGCCACUACACAGGACAAACCGGACGACGACUUAGCUCAUGAAUAACGGAGCACAAACGCGCGGUCCGGAGAGGCGACCCGUUGUCUCAGAUCGCCACUCACACCCUGGAGGAAGACCACGAAUUCAACUUUGCGAGCAUGCGGAUAGUGGCGCGGGCCAGCAAUAAGACAGGACGUGAACUGUUAGAGGCCUGGGUGUCUGGCACCAACUCUAUCAACAGGCACGUUGAAAUACCCCCCUGCUAUCACGCGCUCCGUUCCCGCGGCCAAGGGGCGAGACCCAAUUUCCAGCCAAGGGUGCACACAGUCACGCCACCGUGAGACGGCGUGGGACGCAACUUAUCGAGAAUACCACCCGCUGCACUCAUAUCUCUCCCCCCCCCUUCAUGGCGUGACUACAAAAACCGCUCAUUUGAUGUUGCCUUCUCACAGUCUCUGACGAUGGCCUCCUGUACGAGACCGAAAGCUCAGACUAAUAAACCCACUGUCGCAGAGAUCGGAUCUUCAUCUUCUUUAUAAAAUAGUUUCGUCUCCCCUCGGCAUUAGCUGGAAUAGCUUCCGUCUGUACUUGAGAAAUUUCUACAUGGCAUCAACAUCAAUAUGCCGAUUAAUGCAUGCACGGUAGUCUGUCUUUACCUUUCAAACGUUGGAGGGGAGGUAAAGACAUCUUUCAUCUAUCCAUCGGGCAGGAAACGCUGUUCAAGUACCCAACUUUCAUUCCUUAAUCCACACUUGGACAGUCAUCACUGUCGUCUGUGCUUUCGUGUGAUUCCCAUGUGGGUACUCAUAUUGUGCCCGGAUGCCCACAUCAUAGACACGCCUCCCCCUUCCAUACAACGCUGAUGUAGAGCUGAAACAGCUCCUUUGAAACAGUUUGUUCGAGGACUAGUCCAUUCUCUUGCUAAAGGUAAGUUAGUUAAUCCAGCUUAGAACCAGGACUGUGCGCAGUAAAUAAGCCAUGAGGGAUGCUUCUUUUCCGAUAAUCAUUCACAACAGGGCCUCUCAACAAACACACUGUCUUAGACCGUGGAAGAACCCGAAAGCAUAAGUCAAGACCUGUCACUGUUUUCAGACCGGAUAAAGGCCUCGAAGUGGGACCAAUCCUACCUCUCGACCUCCUCUCACUAUUCUCUGGCUGAUACAUUUUAACCUAUCGCGACGCAGCGACGUUCAUGGUGGCAGUCUUAUCUGCCGUUAUGACUACCAGUCCGUCACGGAGUGCUGGUGUGUGAUGUGGGACCUGCAAAACCUCCGCUGGUUUGGAUUGCAUAUAUUCGGGCUGGUGGGGACGCAGUGGUUACGAACACAGCCUCCCAUUUUUUCUUUUCGUGGGUUCAACCGAAGGCCUGGGUGCAGGCGGCAUUUUCUUCGCGCCCUCCCCCUCUCCAGCAAUCUUCGACUGAAUGGUCUCCGACCGAUCGGACCUGGCGCCGCUAGCACUGAUUUCCUCACCAACAGCGACCUUGCUAACCACACUGACCUCUAUUCGCACACUUCUCCGCCCAGUUUGACCUUGCCUGGCAGCCUGGGUGUCAGAAACGGCGGUGUUGUCUGUAGUGGAAGUAGUGGUUCCUCUUCCGAUCCUCGCCACUUCUUCGUGGAUCUCAUCUACCCGCCCUUCACCACCGUGAGUGGUAACAGUAACGGUGGUAGUGGCGGUAGCGGUGGUGGUGACGGUGACGGUAAUAACAACUCUGGCAACUUCGGGAUCGUCUUCUCCGUCUCUUUUACGUCGACUGCAAACUUCCCCCAUGAUCCUGCAUUCCACUCCCUUUCUGUAAGUCUCGGUCUUAAUUCCUUAAUUCCCUUCGUUCAGUGUUUUUUUCAUCCUCUCUGUCUAUAUCUCAGUUCUUAAUCGAUGCCUCAAGCCUCUUAUAUGCAUAUAUAAACGCAUAUUUCCAUUUCAUUCCUCUCACUCUUGCCCGCUCUGCAGUUUGUCAACUUCCCACCCCCUUCCCUCCCGACAUUUCCUAUGCUACCUGAUCGUGUUCCCUAUGCAACUUAACUGUACGUGACGAAUGCGGUCAGAAGACCUCACCGUUGCCACUGCCGUUCUGCAACCGUUUGUGCCAGCGCCUGUCUUGUGGGUUAACUAUUGUCGAAGGCUGAGCUGACGACGGCAGGGGACACUGAAAAGCAGCAGUUGUUUUUAACUUACCGAGUUCUCUGUCCCGCCAGUCAAAUCGGUGUACACCCUUUCUAGCGCCUUACGUUCCAUUCCUAAAAGACGUAGCCUGGUGACCAGACACUAUUAGAGUUAAAGUUUUGCAGUGCUGCUGAUGAUGGUGGUGGUGGGGGUGCGUUGAUCUGUUUGCCGUGUACAUUUUAUUUCUGUUUACUCAUUUGCUUGUCCACUGCCUGAUUCGAAUAUUUGUCGGUUGUUUUUCUCCACUCCUCGUCUUUGUCGCAUUUCGGCGGUUGUCCGUUUCCGGUCCCCAUCACUGCAGGGUAAAGUCAUUUGUCUCUGCUAGACCAAUCUGAUUAAUGUACGUGUAUUGCAAUGCUGGGAAAAUCUGCACUGACUGUUCUUGCCCUUUGUGCGGAUUUGUUAGAAAUGGGCCACUUGGUACCAUCGUCGUCAUUAAUAAUACUUUCCUCAUUCCGUUUCAGUCUUUGACUGCUCUCGGCUUCGCUGGAUUCCCCAACAACUGCAACAAUACAACCGUAGCAGCUGCCGCCGCCGCCGCCGCCGCUGGACAGAUCGAACUCUGGCAGUUCCUUCUUGAGCUCCUCACUGACUGGCAUCAUAGAAAUGCCAUCCACUUGGUCAGUGAAGAUAGCGAGUACAAACUAAACAAUCCAGAGCAGGUGGCUUACAUGUGGGGCCAACGUAAAGACAAACCAACCAUGAACAACGAGAAACUGUCUCCUGCUGUGCGCUACUGCUACGACGGCGACAUGAUUUCCAAUGUGCAUGGGAAACGCUUCGUCUCUAAGUUCAUCUGUGACCUCAAGACCCUUUUGGGCUUCUCCGCUGACGAGCUUGAUAGCCCGGUGAAACGGUGUGCAGAAAAGCACUCUGCCAAUGUCCCCUCAGCCUCCUCACGAAAACGUCGUCUCUCCGCAGUCUUGAGAAAGAUCCACCUCUGGACAGCAGCGGAGGUUCCGCCUUCCUGUCCGCCUACUCUCCGCCUUCGGACAUUUUCUUCAGCGCAUCCUUCUCACCCGUUCGCCACGCAGGCGACAGUCCCAUGGAUUUUGACUCUCCUUUCACGUCCCCCUCCCCCUUCUGCCCCUUCGUUCGCGGAACGCGUGCAAAUGUCCUGCUUCGCUUCACAACUACUCUGCAAAUAUCCUCAAUCAUGAUGGGGACGAUGGCAAGGAGGAUUAUGAGGAUGAUAAUGAGGACAGAGGGACCGUCGUUAACGACUUGUCCUGAUAUUGGUAACCGCCGCUUUUAUCAUCCUCGCUUCCACUCUCCCUCGCUGUCGCACCAACCCUCAGGCCGUCUGCGUCCCACGGCAAUGCCCGUUGCCUCUUGCCGUUCCUCGCCGCGAGGCCCCUUCCGUGGUCUGUUUGACAUGAAAACAACUUUACAUGAAAGUGUCGGCGAUACCGCAGCAGGCUCCUCCUCAUCGCCGCCUCCGCCGUUUGGUGGAGCCUGCGAUGAGGUUAUUCCCGCCAACUUUCCGUCCCCCACCUUGAAAACCAAUCAUAAUCGACUAUCAUGUCAGCUCAGUACAGUGUUAGCUGAUGCUAUUGCCAAUCUCGCGUGCCCACUAUGAGAUUCUUUCCUCUCAAUCUCUAUCGCUUCCUUGCUCUUGUAUAUACAGCAAUAUAUGUCCCCAUAGGUAUAGGCUCAGUCUGUGGGUCUAGAGCAUCGGCUUUGUAUUAGUACCCGGUAUGGAGAACAGACAUGUCCUUGAAGAGCCGUGGACCUGCUUCUAGGAAUCGGCAUCGGCUUGUGAAUUCUGGGAAUUACCGAGGAGAUGCAGGACGCUUCAUUUCAGGCCCCGUCGCUUUGUUUGGCCGUGUGUUGCGGAUAACAGCCCUCAAUUUCUCCAUGGGGUUGGAGGUAGAAUUCUCUACUUUCGGGUCUUCGUUUCGAAGGGUUGCUUCGGGAGCCCAUUUGAACCUUCGGCCUUCUUUGCCUUGCUGAGCAGGCGGCAGUUGUUUUCUCUGCGGUCGGUCGCGUUUCCUUAGUUAUUUUCCUCAGAACAUGCCACAUCAUCUGCUGACAUUCCCUCCGGCGUUUCACUCAGAAUGCGUCAGAAAGCAGUCCGUACCGCUCCUUUAUCCCUGCUUUUGAGGGUCUGCGCAAACAUUCGUGCAAUAGACGCCCACAAUUCACCUCUGCUGCUUUCAGCCAGCGAAGAGGGCAGUCUUGGCUAUAGGGCUUUCCAAAGUUACAGUACCUGACGUAUCCCACGAAAUUUUAGUUGAGACUGGAAGGGUUACGUUGAAGUUGUAGUACUAAUUAUCAUGCUGCAAACUCUCGUGAUGCCUGCUUUCGGAUGCGCGCCUGCAAAAAUCACACGUUAAACAACGGCUACUUACAUAGCAUGAUUUUUUUCGUUGUUUUUUUCGAUUUAAUUUUGAAUCCCAACAUAUUUUGUGGGAAGUAUACAUGUAAGUACCACUUUAUCCGUCCGUUUAUUAAUGACGCGUACGAGAUGUACAACAUGGCUUCUACGCGCUGUAGGAUUGCUUGGGCCUGUAGCAGCCGCUCCAGUCCCCCUUUUCUCCGGCUCUGUUUUGUCUGUCGAUGGCCGCGACAAUCGUUGCCAGGCUGCGCACACACGACCACCCCCGCGGGCUAGAACUGGGGCCCAUCCUGUCCAGCUGCAGUGACUCCCGACUGCUCUCACAAACUAUUAUCACCUCACGCGCGUCGGACGACCUGGCUUGAUACCGGUGAGCCCCUGUAAUUAUGCUUCCCCCUAAUCCUCACCUAAUCCGUCCAAACUCAUGACGAGCACUCAACCAGUCAUCCCCACCUACUGACACAGACUUUCACCCUCGCGUAAACUACAAACCGCAACUGACGCUCUCCGUUAACGGACGCUUAUCUCUGUUGCAAGCAAACAACCAACUUACGGCAAUCUGCCCUGUAUGCCGAAUAAACUAGUCCCCCCAGCUCUCUGAGUUCUGACAUUAGACGAAACGAACUUAUUGUGCGUGGUUUAAGUUGAUCUCACAUCCUUGACCGACGCAAAUUGGCGACCUCGACGUGAUCGACGCGCAAUCACCAGAUGUGGCUGAACUUGACCGCCACAGGCCCUCUAUGACACCUUUGCAUCAUAGAGGAAUACGCGGUCUCCAGUAGACGAAGAUCGUAUGACAGUUCGACCCCCAUUGUCGACAAUGUCCAACGUGUUCCCCAGAGCAGGGUGGGAGCAGGAAAAUAACUUACAGCUGAGUUAGUUUAUAGUGAUAGUAGACUUGCGCUGAAUGCACCGCGCUUUCUCCUUCCCAACCUAAGUCCAAUGUCAGAGCGACAGAACCAAGAAGACUGGAGGCAGAAGAGGGCGCAGGUGGCUGACACGGUGAAGACCCGCAUCUAGGCGUACCACCACAUCCCCUGGCCCACGGUGUAUACUGACCAGGAUGUUACACAACAGGAGGAGAUAUGUGGGCUCGGAUCCCGCUAGGUGAGAAGGUCAUAGAGGUCACAUUAAGAAGGAGACGUUUCAGUCUGACUCGUAGUCCGCCAGUUGGCCACUCCACACAAAUACACAGUGAGCUGGCUACCAAGUCAAAGCCGAAUCACCUGUUGGCAACCUUCCAAGCCACGGCUUUUAGCGCACCAUGAUAGCUUCAGAUUGUUUGUAAUGAGGAAAGUGCCCUGAGACGUCGACUUCACCCUUUAUGCCUACUUCCAGGCCCCUGUUCGAGCCGAUCAGUUGUCUGGUGCGGGCAAUGGGCGCGCUAGUGUCCUCGUCUGCACGCGCCGCAUGCACGACCUGGUCCCCACAGGCACCAGGAUUUCAAAAAGAAUGGAUGAGCAGCAGGGACCUCACAUACGUGAGAGUGCUAGAGGUCAAUUUUAGAUGGAGGCAUUGCAGCCCGUCUUUCAGCCCAUUAGUCGACCACUCCUCGCAAACCCAGUGGGCUAACUGUGAGGUCUGGACUCCAUCGUCACUGUACAACCUUUAAAGCCAUGGCGCAUAGCGCCCCGGGCUAUUAUCUGGCUCGGAUCACAUAUGCGGCGGAGUAGCCACGCACUUUCCGCUUGAGAGGCGUCAAUUACGUGCUUGCGUUGUGUGAUGCUGGGCGUGGUCCUGUGUGUUGUAGGUACUGGUGAAGGGAAAUAUGGUGGUAUGGUAUAGCCGGCGAUGUUCUUUAUGGGGGCGCAUGUGGCCUAAUAGACCCUCACGGUGAGUGAAUGUGCGAGGACAGUGCGGAAGAUUGAGGCGAUGACGUAUGUCGGUGUCCCAGGUACAGGUUCGCCAUCCUUUGUGCGGUGAGUCCGCAAGUGACCGACCGAACCGAUGCGCGAGGCAAGCGUGCGAUGGCAAUGUGAUCAAGCUACGUUGGGGGAGGUUGGUUCGGUUGUCGUUGUAAUGCUGCUCAACAGGAAGUUGAUUGGGCUGGAGAUAGGCUGGGUAGUGGAUGUGCAAAGUGCGUUAUGUGUCGAUACGGUGUGAAUAGCUUCAUUAUGGGUACGUUUUGACCAAAUAGACCCGUGCGAUGUAUGAAUGCAAGUAAACAGUGUAGGCAGAUGCGAUUAGUCUGGUGGGCCACUUCGUCUUCGAUUUUAACUCAGUGAGAGAGUGUCCUGGUUAAGUAGGCAAAGUUGUCCACGGUUUUAAGUUCGAUGUCGUUGACGUGGAAACAAGGGCACUGUCUGCGGCAUUGGGUAGCAAUUGGCGCAUGACUGCCGUUUUGUCCGUUUUGAUGGUGAGUACGAAGUUGGCGCAGCCGGGUUCAGAGAGGUCGGUGCUCUGUUGCAUAGUAGGGUCUGUCACGGCGUUAAGCAUGCAAUGGUCAGCGAAGAGCAGAUCGUAGACGGUGGUCGUGUAGUGGCGCGUCGGGUGCGUAUGCGCCAGCUGUUGAGAAGAUGUCCGUGUGUGCUGUGCGCAAUGCGGAUCCCGGGGCACCCAUUAGGGUGAGCGUUCAUCAGCAUGGUAGGAAACAUGAGAAUGAACAUGGUGGGGGUGGGGAGUACGCAUCCUUGCUUCACUCCGUUGGUUACUGCGAAUGCUUCUGGGACGGCCCGGUUGUCUAUGGCAUGAGCCAUCAUCGUGUAGUGGAGCUGCCACACCGUAUGCGUGAGUCGCUGAGGACAGCCGAAUUUCUCAUGAUUCUCUACAGAUCGCCGAGAUUCAUUGUGUCGAAGGCUUUCGUCAAGCCCGCGAAGAUAUUGUAGAGGUAGGUCCGCGCUUCCUCGCCAUUCUCUUGAAGCUGGCGGUCAGCGAAGUUGAUGUUGCCGAUUUAGUGGUGGCAUCGGAGUCCACACUGCCUUUCGGUAGAAGUCCCUGUUCAACAUGGCCGUUUGGACGGUUAAGGAGGAUGUGAACGAAUAUCUUCAUGCUGGUGUUGAGAAGCGAGAUUCCCCUGUGGUUUCACAGAGUUGCUGGUUUCCUUCCAACUGAUAGAGAUGAACGACUGCCGCAUGCAUGAAGUCCACAAGUGACUUCUCCUCGAAGCCACAUAUCCUUGAACAACGUUGUGAGUUGAUCCAUCAGCCGGGGGAUGCCGUGCUUGUAGACUUUUGCCGGAAUCGCGUCGGAUUCCAGUGCUUUCUCGAUAAAGAGUUGGUGCACGCUUAAACUGUUUCUGGGGUAGAAGGCAGCAGAUCAAGAUUGUUCUUCGUGCUCGGCCCAGUGUUUCAGAAUCUGAUUUCUCUAUUUGUAUCUUUGUGUUAUCGGGACUGAGUAGCAGCGCGGGGUGUCGUAGACCGCCCUGAGUGAUGCGAAGAAGUUCAAGGUGUCAUUGUAGUCAACAUACCCUUGAAUUUCUUUGGCCUUACGAUAUAUGCAGGCGUCCAGCCCCUCCGACCAUCGUUGUUGCACACGACAAUGAUGGCGAAAGGUCUCCUUGUUGACGUCAGUCCGAAGGUUCCUGUAAGCAUUGCGCAGCCUGUGCUUUUCGCCGAGUAGUAGACUGAUAACUCCGUCGUUGUUGUCGAACCAGCCCUGUUGCUGACUACGUGCGCGUCCGCGGACACAUGGGCAGUCGAGCCAAUAGUGUUCCAAAGUUGGUCCCUUUGAGUACCCGCGGUUACGUUGUCCGGGGCCGGCAUUUCUUCCAGGUGCUGCGUUGAUGGACUGCUGAAAUGUAAGCGAUGAGUAGGCUAAUUCAACAAAACAGAAUUUAACUUAUUUGGUAAUCUCUUCCCUUGUGGCCUACUGCAAGAUUUCACAUGGCACUUCGUCUAGGAUAUGACGAGCAGGUGGUAGGUCGAGCCAUCGGCUUAACAGUUUGCCCUGGUCAACAGCACGUCCUCUCGAUCUCACCUCCGGACGAAAACGUAUUUUGGCAGCUUCCAGCGCCGCGAUCAUGGUCGUAUCUUCGUCUUCUUCCGCGCUGACAGGCGCAAGAACACGCUGGUCCAGUGGAGACGGUACUUCGCGCAGGUUCGCAGGAGAAGGAGGCCGCUGUCGUUGCAGCUGCCGAUUCUGUCGAGACUCAGCACUUCAAUCCAGGCUGCGUAUUUCGUCUCGACCCGGACAUUGAAGUCACCAAGGACAACCAGCUUUUCCGCAUUCGCUUCACUCGCCAGAAGGGCCUGCAAUUCUUCGUAGAAUUUGGUUUCUUCAUCGUCGCCACCGAUCAUUGGAGUGGGGCAUAG